AUGCUUUACAUCAUUUUGGCCACCUAUCAUGAAGAAAGUAACAUUGGGGCAGUUGUUUUUCACUUGGUUCGUAUACUUGAAGAGCCCUUCUUCCUUAUUAUUGAUGAUUCCGAAGAUAACAGUACUCGUGUGGCUGUUCUUCAGGCUUUCACAGCGCUACGGUUCAGUAACUAUAAGUACAUUCACCGCGGCCAGAAGCGUGGCUUGGGGACAGCCUAUCGUUGCGCUAUGAAAGAACUUACUGCCCUAGCAAGCAAUAAUGUCAACGAGGCGGAUGACAUGGUAGCCAUUUUAGAUUCCGAUCUUUCUCAUGAUCCUUGUGAUAUUGCGAAGCUUGCUACAUGUAUGCGUGAAACUGGAGCCGAUAUUGUUGCCGGUUCGAGAUAUCGGACCGGUGGAUCAGUCUCGGGUUGGCCUCGUCGACGAAUAGCAAUUAGCUCUACGGCGAAUUUCCUAGCACAGACUGUUCUAGGAAUCCGGGUGACUGACUGCACCAGCAGCAUGAGAGUCUAUAAGCUUUCUACGAUUAUGUCCAUCAUUGACCAAACAAGAUCUACGGGAUUCUCAAUUCAGCUAGAACUCAUUUCGUUAGCGAGUAUGUAUGGCUAUAAACUGCUUGAAGUCCCGAUAUGCUUCUCCGAGCGCGUCAAUGGAAGUAGCUCGUUAUCAUGUAAGGAAAUUUACAAAUUUCUGAUGCUCAUUGCCCAUCUGUGGUGGAAGCAGCGUACCAGCGAGGCACGCAGAACGCUUUGUGGUCAGUAG